AUUCAAUUUCAAUUUGAUUUUCACUUCUAUUUUCAUUCCCUCCCUUUGCCAUUAGUUUACCCCUCUUUUUUUCAUUACAUGGCCUAGAAAGUAACAUUUCUCCCUCCUUUGGUUCCUCUUUUGGGUUUUCAUUUCUACUCCAAAAUCAAAAAUCAAAAAUCAAAAAUCAAAAAUCAAAAAUCAAAAUCAAAAUCAAAUCAAAAUAUCCCUCUUUCACUUUGCUACCUAAACCUAAACCCUAACCACCAUAACCACCUGCUUGUUCUCUAUUCAGACACACUCAUCAGUCAUCACCUCCAAACAUGGUCUGACUUUCUUCAAUCUCCAUUAUCACCACCAUUUUUACCCAAUAAUUUGAAAGCCCACUUUCCAUUUUGGUUUUGCUUCGAAACCCACUUUCCAGAAAAUGGGUUCACUUGUUCCAUUUCAAGAUCUCAAUCUUCUGCCUGAACCUCGACCUACAUCUUCUUCUCUUCCUUCCACCAAUUUUCGUCGCCCUAAGCUCGAAAUUCGGGUCAAAUCUGAACCAAUUGACGAACCCAUUUCAGAAGUUCAAACCCCCGGUUUAAUUCCGAGCUCCCCACCUCCUAAUGACCCGAAUCUACUUGCUCUCGAACCUUCUUCUACUUCCAAUGAUGAGUCCAAUGUUUUGUCUGAAUUUUACCGUCUUUCGGAAAUGUUUCGUUCCGCAUUUGGCCAGCAAAUGCAGGAGCAGCAAGCGCAGCAGCAGCAAACUUUGGACUCGAAUUCGGGGGCAAUUGUUCCUGUCCCAGAUGGGGAAACCCAGGUUUCUGCAUUAGCUGUUGCUUCUCCUACGAUUCGUCGUCAAAAGCGGUCGAACGAGCUUGUUCGUGUUACUAAUCUCAGUGGGGAAGAUCAGAAUUACUUUAGAGAUAUAGUGAGGCGAACCCGGAUGCUGUAUGAUGCGUUGAGGAUCUUUGCGGUUGCUGAAGAGGAGAAGAGGAACGGUCCUGGUGGUGGAAGACGAGCUCGAGGUGAUUUACGAGCUUCUACAUUAAUGAGGGACCGUGGGCUGUGGCUUAAUAUGGAUAAACGGGUUGUUGGGUCAAUUCCUGGAGUGUAUGUUGGUGAUUUGUUCUAUUUUAGAAUGGAGCUUUGUGUACUUGGAAUACAUGGGCAAGUUCAAGCUGGAAUUGAUUACUUACCUUCAAGCAUGAGUUCGAAUGGCGAACCAAUUGCGACGAGUAUUAUUGUUUCAGGUGGUUAUGAAGAUGAUGAAGAUGCUGGAGAUGUGUUAAUUUAUACAGGGCAUGGUGGGCUUGAUAAGCUUCACAGGAUGUGCAAUCACCAAAGACUUGAAGGAGGUAAUUUAGCUUUGGAAAGAAGUAUGCAUUAUGGUAUUGAAAUUAGAGUGAUUAGAGGUAUUAAAUAUGAAGGUAGCCUAACUACUAAGAUAUAUGUUUAUGAUGGUUUAUAUAAAAUUGUGCAAUGUUGGUUUGAUGUGGGAAGAUCUGGUUUUGGUGUUUAUAAGUUUAAACUAGUUAGAACUGAGGGUCAACCUGAAAUGGGUAGUGCCCUUUUGAGAUUUGCUCAUAGUUUAAGGACUAAUCCGAUGCAGGUUAGACCAGCAGGUAAUCUUACUUUCGACCUUUCUUUAAGAAAGGAGAAUGUGCCCAUUUAUGUUUUCAAUGACAUUGACUCUGAUCAGGAACCAUUGUACUUUGAUUAUCUUCCAAAGACGAUAUUCCCUCCCUUCGUAUACGCAGGGGGAAACAUGGGGUGUAAUUGUGUCACUAGUUGUCGCGAUGGGUGUUUGUGCUGGAUGAAGAAUGGAGGAGAGAUUGCUUAUGAUUAUAAUGGGCUUUUGUUGAGAGGGAAACCUUUAAUAUUUGAAUGUGGCAGCCAUUGCAGUUGCCCUCCUAAUUGUCGGAAUCGUGUGAGUCAGUUGGGGAUGAAAAGUAAGUUGGAAGUAUUUAGGUCCAGGGAUACGGGUUGGGCAGUUCGUACAUUAGAAUUGAUACACUCUGGUGCUUUUAUUUGUGAAUAUGCUGGAGUUGUUCUUACAAGGGAGCAGGCUCAAGUUUUUACCAUGAAUGGAGACAGCCUUAUAUAUCCUGGCCGGUUCACAGAUAGAUGGGCUGAAUGGGGAGAUUUAUCCCAGAUAUAUCCCGAGUAUGUGAGGCCGACUUACCCCUCCAUUCCGCCAUUGGAUUAUGCCAUGGAUGUUUCCAGGAUGAGAAAUGUUGCUUGUUAUAUAAGUCAUAGCUUGAGUCCCAAUGUUAUGGUGCAAUUCGUCCUCUAUGAUCAUAACAAUAUUUUGUUUCCUCAUCUUAUGUUAUUCGCGAUGGAGAAUAUCCCACCGAUGCGAGAACUUAGCCUUGAUUAUGGGGUUGCUGAUGAAGUCACUGGAAAGCUCUCUAUCUGCAACUAGAUAAUUUUCUGCCAACUGCCAUAUCUUUGGAUGUGGUGAAGUGAAUUGCGUCAUCUGAUGCAUUAAGAUCUACUUGGGUAAUUUGGGCAUUCCUAUUGUGCGAUUUUGUUAAAACUUUUUUGGCAAUCACCUUCCGCGGUAGAUGGAAGAUUUCGACCUGCCAUGGGCUCAUCUUGAUGGUCAAGGUUCUGUAGACAAUUGAUUCAUCAACGAAUUUCAGUGUCUUGGUGUUACUAAGCCAAAACAAGCUCCGGAAAAUUUUCAGACCCCACAAAAAUGGAGCUUUAAUGCUUGAGGAGCUAAAAUCAUGGAGCCAAAACCGCAUAUAUAGUUUUCGAGGUAGUCAUACUUAAACCACCUUUUUAACAUCUCAUUCGAAGCCAUGUAUAAAUAUGUUAGGACGAUAUGAAGGAUUCGUAGUUUCGUGUAUAUAUGACGAUGAAAUGCAUAACGGCAUGUACAGUUUGUAAUAUAUAUUUAUGCAUGGAGGAUUAGAGGUUGGGUGGUUAGGUGGUUGGAUCAUGGAUGUAUAAUGUAUUCCUCCUCAUCAUGAAGUAGAAGGUGCUCCAUUUUGUCAUCCAUUAGAUGUUAUAAUUUGUUGGUUCUUUUGCUGGAAAUUUUACAGCUCCAGAUUUUAUGUUGUUUUUGAGAUUUAGAGCAUUCAAAUGGUGGUUCUGAGCUGUUGUCGUAUCGUAUGCCUAGAAGACGAGACUAUCUUGAGUUGUGUGUUGUUGUAAUGCUUACAUACAUGAGCUUAGAAAUGUAGCAAAAUGAAUAAGACGGAUGGUGUUACUAUUCUAAAUGAUUAGAGUUGAGUUGAGCUUGGACAAA